AUGGCACGUAAAUUGGAGAGAAUGUUAAUUCUCUUAGCAGUCGGAGAGUUUUCCUUGGGCAUCUUAGGAAACGCAUUCAUUGGACUGGUAAACUUCAUGGAUUGGGUCAAAAACAGGAAGAUCACCUCCAUUGACUUAAUCCUCACGAGUCUGGCCCUGUCCAGGAUUUGCCUGUUGUGUGCAAUAUUACUCGAUUGUUUUAUUUUGGUGGUUUAUCCAGAUAUCUACGACAACAAUGAAAAGAUGAGGCUCAUUGACUUCUUCUGGACCCUAACCAACCAGUUAAGCGUCUCAUUUGCUGCUUGCCUCAGUAUUUUCUAUUUCUUCAAGAUAGCCAAUUUCUUCCACCCCCUUUUUCUCUGGAUGAAGGGCAGAAUCCACAAGGUGAUUCUCUGGACCCUACUGGCAAGCCUGGUGCUCUCGGUACUCAUCAGCCUUCCAGUCACUGGGGACUGGAAUGAUAAUUUCAGACGCUGUGUCAAGGGAAGAAAGAAAACCAACUUCACCAGGAGGUGUGGAACUAAUAACGACCUGUACGCUUCGACCAAGUUGAUUCUCAACCUGGUCACCUUGUUCCCCUUUGCGGUGUCCCUGUUCUCCUUUCUCCUCCUGAUCCUCUCCUUGUGGAGACACACCAGACAGAUGAAGCUAAAUGCUACCGGCCACAGAGACCCCAGCACAGAAGCCCAUGUACGAGCCUUGAAAUCUGUCAUCUCAUUCCUGAUUCUCUUUGUUGCUUACUGCUUGGCCUUUCUCAUAGCCACCUCCAGCUACUUUAUGCCAGAGACCGAAUUAGCUGUAAUUUUUGGUGAGUUAAUAGCUCUAAUCUACCCCUCAAGUCAUUCAUUUAUCCUAAUCCUGGGGAACAAUAAAUUAAGACAAACAUCUGUGAAGUUGCUAUGUAAAGUCAAGCAUAUUCUAAAAGGAAGAAAAAUCUUGACAUAA